AUGCUCUCCCAUGCCCCCCAAGGCCAAGGCCAAGGCUGGGAAGUGGGAAACAAGAUUAACUUGUGGCUGCUCCUAUUGCUGCUGCUCCUCUGUCUCUGGCUCUACAGGAGGAGAACCCAGCCCCUGCCCACCACAGGGUCUCCUUCCAAGCCACUCAGGACAUUUUUAGCUUCUGUUUUUCCUACGUUCCCUUUUCCUCUGAACUCCCCUGUUGUGAGCCCUCCCAACCCCUCAGGAAGGACCACCUGUGAGAGUGGGGUUCUGAGGCUCCACUAUGGGGACAGUUCUGUUCUUGAAGUGUCAGUGUUGGGGAAUAUCUGUGGCCUGUGA